UCGGGCUGGUGUAGAAGAAGUUUGGGCGAAAGGGAGUAUCUAUUUGAAGAAAUUCUCGAGAGGUGACUGGUGCAAUACGGCGGAAAAACUCGUCUAACACUGCUCUUUGUGGACUUAGACAGUAAGAAAAGUGGCAAUGGCGGUUUAAAAAAAAACUAUAAUAGGACUAGUUGCUGUGUUGUUUUUCCACUAUGCAAGAUGAACCGGGAACAGCUCUCAGCAUCCUGCACAUCCAAUCUUAAUCUACUGACAGGCUGUAUUGACAACAACCAUCCGCAGUCAAUCAGUGGUGGUUGUCAUGGGGACCGCCUCAUCGCUCGUGAGCCCCGGUGAUGUGAUCGAGGACGGGUACGGGGGCGAGGGCGGCGAGGCCUGCGAGAUCCCCGUGGAGGUGAAGCCCAAAGCCCGGCUCCUGCGCAGCUCCUUCCGGCGCGGACCGCGGGUCAUCGGCGCCAGCUUCAAGUCCACGGGCUCCGUGGACCUCGAGUACACGGCCGAGUACGAGCGGCUUCGCAAGGACUACGAGAUCUUCCGCGUCAGCAAGAACAAUGAGAUCGCCUCCAUGCAGAAGAAGGAGGCCAAGCUGGACGAGGAGAACAAGAGGCUGCGUGCCGAGCUGCAGGCGUUGCAGAAAACCUACCAGAAGAACCUGCGUGAGAAAGAGAGUGCCCUGGAGGCCAAGUCCCAGGCCAUGGAGCGGGCCUCGACCUUCGAACGCGACAGAGACAAGGUUAAACGUCAGUUCAAGAUAUUCCGUGAGACCAAAGAGAAGGAGAUCCAGGACCUGUUGCGAGCCAAGAGGGAUCUGGAGGCCAAACUGCAGCAGCUGCAGGCCCAGGGGGUGCAGGUGUACGACCCAGACGACUCCGACUCUGACGAAAACCAAACUACAGUCACCGCUGUGGGCAUGCAGUGUGAGUACUGGGGCGGCGGCGUGCUGGGGAGUGAGCCCUCUGUUGGCAGCAUGAUGCAACUGCAACAGAGCUAUCGUGGACCGGAGUUCGCCCACAGCCUCAUGGACGUGGAGGGACCCUUUGCCAACGUCAGCAGAGACGACUGGGAUGCAGCGGUGGCCAGCCUCCUGCAGGUGUCGCCCUACAUCUCCAAAGGGCUGUGGAGCAACACCGUACGCUGCUACCUCAUACACACCAAGGACACCAGGGACGAACUCACACACUUCAUACAGAAGUAUUCCCCCAGGCUGCAGGGCCUGUGUGAGCGCCUGGGCCACUUCUACCUGAACGUCUACUUCACUGAGGGCAGCGGCAGCGCAGCCGAGAGACAACAGGAGAUGGAGAGGAGCUCCCUCUGUGUGUUCCUGCUCAAACCCUCCAUCAGCAGUCUGUCAGGCACUGUGGUAGAGGAUGCGGUGGAGGCGUUUGUGAAGAAUGCAGACUCCAGACCACUCCUGCUGUACCUGCGGAAAGCGGACGAGAUCUCCAGCAUCAGUGGCACCACCAGGGAACUGCUCGAGAAAAUCAACAACGCAGAUAAAAAUGCCAAAAUCAAGGUGGUGGACCAUAGUGGUUCUGCGGAGGAAGGAGCCUCUCUGGUCUUCCAGCAGCUGGAGAAGAUCAUCAAGCAGGAGCUGUUGGAGCUGAAGUCGUGCCCAGGUGAGGAGCGUGUGGAGGUACUGGAGGAGCAGGUGGAGGUGGAGGGGAGCGACGUGCUGUGGGACCAACACGACGAGCAGGAGCAGAUGGAGACCUUCCAGAACAUAUGCAGCUCCACCACGCACCUCAACUUUGACAAGUAUCUGACUCGUCUGAAUGACCUGGUGGCGGCCCCUCCCCCUACCCCUCCUGUGCUGGUGUCCGGCGGACCAGGGUCGGGGAAAUCCGUCCUACUCGCGAAAUGGAUCCAGUUGCAGCAGAGGCUGUCUCCCAACACCAUCAUCCUGCAUCACUUUGUGGGCCGGCAGUCCUCUACAAGUGCAGAGCCCGUGCUCAUCAUCAAGCGCCUCACUGUUAAAUUGUUGCAGCACUUCUGGUCCAUCUCUGGGCUCACUAUGGAUCCCUGUAAGGUUCUAGAAGAGUUCCCUCGCUGGCUGGAACGCUUAUCAGCUCGUCGCCAUGGCAACAUCAUCAUCAUCAUCGAUUCUGUUGAUCAGAUACAGAGUGCGGAGCGCAACAUGAAGUGGCUGAUUGAUCCGUUGCCCGCCAACGUCAGAGUGCUCGUGUCAGUCAAUGUGGAAACAUGCCCGCAAGCCUGGAGACUGUGGCCGACGGUUCAUCUUGACCCGCUGACCAGCAAAGAGAUGAAGAGCAUGAUCACCAAGCACUGCCUGAUCGCCGAGAUCAAACUCAGCAAAGAACAGGAGCGUAAAGUGGAGAGACAUUGUCGAUCCGCAUCUACUUGUAAUGCCCUGUACAUUUCCGUUCUGGCCAGACUCCUGACUUCAGAGAUUGGCUCGUCCCUGGAGGAGACCCUGGUGCAGUGUGUCAUGUGUCACGACACGGUCGGCCUGUUCCAGCUCAGCCUCAGGAUGAUGAUGUCAUCACUCAGCAGCGACGAGGAGAGACACAUGGCCAAACAGUUGUUGUGUCUGCUGUAUGCGAGCCAUAAUGGCGUGAGUGAGUCGGAGCUGCUGGAGCUGCUACCGGAGCUGUCCUUCCCCACGCUCUCCUCGCUCCUCUUCCGCAUGGAGUACCUGCUCAUCCUCACCCUGCGCUGCGGGAUCAUACACUUCACACACCUGCAGGCAUGCGAGGCCGUUCGUCUGGAGCUGAUGGAGAGGGGACUAACUGUCACCACCUACAGGGAAAAGCUCAUCCACCAUUUUAGCAAGCAACUCGGUCAGCAGAGGGUGACAUGGCGUGUGGCUGAUGAGUUGCCAUGGCUACUACAGCAGCAGGAAGACACUACCAAGCUUCACCUCAGUCUACUGAAUUUGUUUGUGUUUCAGAACCUAUACAAGAGAGGUCACUUUUCUGAGUUGCUGAACUACUGGCAGUUUGUGGGGAAGGACAAGGUGUCCAUGGCAACGGAGUACUUUGAGUCUCUGAAGUGUUAUGAGCAGAGUUGCGAGACGGAGGAGAGCAUGAGACGGCUGGCCAACCUGUACGAGACGCUCGGCUGCUUCCUCAAAGACCUUGGACUACUCACUCAGGCCGUGGCGCCUCUGCAGCGCUCCCUGGAGAUCCGCGAGACGGCGCUGGACCCGGACCACCCGAGUGUGGCCCAGUCGCUGCACCAGCUGGCCGGCAUCUACGUCCUGUGGAGGAAGUUCGGCAGCGCCGAGCAGCUGUACACGCAGGCGCUGGAGAUCAGCGAGAGCGCCUACGGGCCCGAGCACGCCGCCAUCGCACGCGAACUCGACUGCCUUGCUCUGCUCUACCAGAAGAAAAACAAGUAUGAACAAGCUGACAAAUUGAGGAAGAGGUCUGUCAAGAUUCGUCAGAAGAUGGCUCACAAAAAAGGCCACAUGCAUGGCUUCACCCUACUGCACCAACGCACCCUGCAGCUGGAGGAGCUGACGCUGGGAGACGACUCUGCCGACUGCGCCAAAACACUCAACGAGCUGGGAGUCCUCUACUACCUCCAGAAUAAUCUAGAUACUGCAAAAAUGUUCCUGGUCCGUUCUCUGGAGAUGCGCCAGCGCGUGUUAGGGCCCGAGCACCCGGACUGCGGCCAGUCCAUGAACAACCUGGCGGCGCUGCACUGCGAGUGCCACGAGUACGAGAGGGCCGAGGAGCUGUACGAACGGGCGCUGGACAUCCGGAAACGCGCCCUGGCCCCGGACCACCCUUCCCUGGCCUACACCCUCAAGCAUCUCGCCAUGCUGUACAAACGCAGGGGUAAGCUGGAGAAGGCUGCCCCUCUGUAUGAGCUGGCCUUGGACAUCAGAGAGAAGAGCUUCGGCCUCAACCACCCCUGCGUGGCCACUGCUCUGGUGAACCUGGCCGUCCUCUACUGCCAACUGAAGAAGCAUAAUGAAGCACUACCGCUCUAUGAGCAGGCCCUGAAGGUGUACGAGGACAGCCUGGGACCCUCACACCCUCGCGUCGGAGAAACACUCAAAAACCUGGCUGUGCUAAGGUAUGAGAAAGGCGACUUUGAGAAGGCUGCUGAGCUGUACAAGCGCGCUAUGGAGAUCAAGGACGCGGAGCCGUCGCUGGUUUGCGGCAAAGCACCGUCGGUACACUCCUCGUAUGUGGACACCUUCAGCCACAGACACCCGCCCUUCCACCAGCACACCACAACACACAAGUGAACUUUCACCCUUGCCCUCACUAACACCCCUCAGCAACUUGGUUUUACAAGUUCCCACAAAGACCUCGACAUUUCUUUUAAACUGAUUUGGAAAUGUAGUCAUAAUCAUUGGCUUGCACAUCCAUUGGGAGAGGAAUAUGAACCAUCUCAUGAUCUCAUGAUCCUAUCUACGUAUAUGAAUCAUUUUUUUUAACCUCGUUUCUAAAUGGCUGUGCAAUGGACUAGCUGUGUCCAUUCGUUGGUUCUCACAGAGAGCUCAACAUGUUUCAGGUUGAAUGGGAUUGGGAUCGUAAUCAUUGGCUUGCCUGUCAGUUGGGAGACGAAUAUGAAGACUCCAGCGUCUUGCACAGAAACAUGAUUAAUGCUUACUUAUAUUUUAUGUAUACAUGUAUACUGUUCUCUUAACAGUAAUGUUUGAAUGGUGUAUAGUGUAUUUGGCCGAGGAAAGGAGAUUGUGUGCCAAAGAUCUAAUAUGAACUUGAAUAUGGAAAUGAAGAAUCAAGUCUUUUUAAAGAGCCAAUUUGUUUUUUUUUGUUUGUUUGUUUUUUUAGGUCGAAAGACAAAUCAUGUUUGCACUGGUGGUAACAUUUCUGUACAUUUGAAUAGCAUGCUUCUUAAUUACAUUGUAAUUUUAAACUCUUGUUAUAUACAAGAUUGGUGAUAUGCUUGACAUUUGUGGGUGAAGUAUUACAUGUUAAGUAUUCAGAUGCCGGGGUAAGACAGGGAUUGUGCUCUGAACACGGUUAUAUGGUUAUAUAAUAAUAAUAAUAAUAAUAACAAUAA